AUUCUUUGCAUACAUUGAUGUAGAAUAUUGGAUUAUUUACUCUUUUUGGAUUUCAACCCUAUUUCGCAGUGACUGUGAAAUUAAACAGGCUAAGGACCCGUUUUGUGUCAGGAUGGGAGACAAAGGAUUUUCAGCGGUUCCUCUGAUCUUCUACUUCGUUUGCUUUAUUCUGACGCUGCAUAUCGUGCACGGAGACCUGCGUUAUUCUAUUCCUGAGGAAAUGAGAAGAGGCUCAGUUAUUGGUAAUAUAGCGAAGGAUCUCGGUGUUGAUUUGAGGACCUUGUCUUCCCGAAAGGCCCGUGCUGAUUUUGAGGGGACACAAAAACGGUACUGUGAAAUUAAUCUGACCACCGGAGAUUUGGUCACAUCAGAGAGAAUCGACAGAGAAAGCCUUUGUGGCAAGAAACCAUCGUGCGUUUUGAAAGUAGAUGUGGUGUUAGAAAACCCACUGGAGCUUCAUCGUGCUAUUCUGAAUAUACAAGAUGUAAAUGAUAAUUCGCCAAAAUUUAGAGAAAAUGUGAUUGAGGUGGAAAUACGCGAGUCAGCUGACAAGGGUAAUCGUUUCUCUAUGGAGGAGGCCCAUGACGCAGAUAUAGGUCAAAAUGCGGUUCAAAGGUACAGCCUGCAAAAUAACAACAACUUUAUUCUCGCUGUUGAUAGUAACAAGGUUGAACUUGUGUUAGAGAAUACACUUGAUCGAGAGAAAGAAAAAGAGAUGAAUUUGCUUCUGACAGCUUCGGAUGGUGGUUCUCCUCAGAGAUCAGGUUCCGUAGUCAUACACGUCACUGUGCUGGAUGCUAAUGAUAACGCCCCAGUUUUUAGCCAGGCCGUUUAUGAAGCCAGUCUGCCUGAAAACUCUCCUCCUGAUACUCUAGUGAUUACUGUCAGUGCUACUGACGCAGAUGAAGGAAUAAAUGGGGAUGUGACAUAUCAAUUUGGUCACAUGUCUGACGACGAAAUAAAUACAUUCACUAUUGAUUCCAAAACUGGAAGAAUUAAAGUAAAUCGUUUGAUUGAUUUUGAAGAAACAAGUUUGGUUGAAAUGAGAGUGCAAGCUAAAGAUGGUUUAGGACUAACAUCAUAUGCUCAAGUUAUAAUAGAUGUUACUGAUCUGAAUGACAAUGCUCCAGUUAUAUACCUGAAGUCACUGACUAACCCGAUUCCCGAGAACGCGUCACCUGGUACAGAGGUGGGCAUCAUUAACGUACAGGACAGAGACUCAGAGAAAAACAAACAGGUCCACUGCUCAAUUCAGCAAAAUGUCCCCUUUAAGUUAGUUCCUUCUAUUAAAAACUAUUAUUCUAUGGUGACCACAGGACAACUGGACCGUGAACUAGUGUCUGAUUACAACGUUACAAUCAGUGCCACUGACGAGGGCUCUCCACCUCUGUCCUCCUCUAAAACUGUUCAGUUAUCUGUAGCUGACAUCAACGACAACCCACCUGUGUUUGAGGAACAGUCCUACAGCGCAUAUGUGACUGAAAAUAACAAACCUGGCUCCACUUUAUGUUCCGUUACUGCUCGAGACCCCGACUGGAGACAAAACGGUACAGUGAUUUAUUCUCUGUUACCUGGUGAGGUGAACGGUGCCCCGGUGUCCUCCUAUGUGUCAGUGAACGGAGACACGGGGGUGAUCCACGCUGUGAGGUCGUUUGAUUAUGAACAGUUGAGGAACUUUAAAGUCCAGGUGAUGGCCAGAGACAACGGUUCUCCUCCGCUCAGCAGUAACGUGACCGUCAGUGUCUUCAUAUCUGAUGUGAACGACAACUCUCCUCAGAUACUGUAUCCUGCCCUCGAGGGCAACUCCUUCAUGACUGAGCUGGUCCCCAAAGCUGCACACGGAGGCUCUCUGGUGUCCAAAGUGAUAGCAGUGGACGCGGACUCUGGACAGAACGCCUGGCUGUCCUAUCAUAUAGUUACAUCGACUGACUCGGGACUUUUCACAAUUGGUGUCCACAGUGGAGAGAUCAGGACACAGCGGGACAUUUCAGAAUCUGACAGCAUGAAACAGAACCUUAUUGUUGCGGUGAAAGAUAACGGACAGCCCUCUCUCUCUGCCACCUGCUCCAUGUAUUUAAUUAUAUCUGAUAACUUGGCUGAGGUGACAGAACUUAAGGACAUUUCUUAUGAUGAGAAGAAUUCCAAACUGACCUCUUAUCUGAUCAUCGCGCUGGUUUCUGUGUCCACUUUUUUCUUGACCUUCAUCAUCAUUAUUAUGGGUGUGAGGUUUUGUCGCAGGAGAAAGCCCAGACUGUUGUUUGACGGAGCAGUCGCCAUCCCCAGCGCUUAUCUCCCUCCUAAUUACGCAGAUGUUGACGGCACAGGAACUUUACGCAGCAAUUACAAUUAUGACGCCUACCUGACAACAGGAUCUAGAACCAGUGACUUUAAGUUUGUGACAUCUUACAACGACAACACACUGCCUGCUGACCAGACUCUGAGGAAAAGUCCCAGUGACUUUGCUGAUGUGUUUGGAGACUGUGAUGAUUCUCCUGAGGUAGGGACAAGUGAACCAUUACACUAUUUUCAUGGCCAUAAUGAUCGUUAAGCGAAAACCAUGUGGAAUUUUUGCUUUUGUCCCCUCUUUAUUAUGAAAGCAAUAUGCAAUGUUUCAAUUGAUCAAAUCAUAUAUUUUCAUUAACUAAUGCAGCCUUUAAGCUGGAGUAUUUUGUCCCUAGAAGGUGCACCUUUGUUAUGAUUUGUGGCACAUGGUCAAUUAUACUUCUUGCUUUGAGUUUCCUUUUGUUUCUGUUUUAACUUCUAAGUUCAUAGAAGAGUUUGUCUUAAAUAAUCUAUAAUAGUACACACAUACUUAACAUUUACGACAAGAGAGAUAUUCUUACUUAUUGUUUUGUCUUUUAAAAGAGAGUUUAUGCAACAUUGAUGACUGUAAUUUUAACUAGAGCUUUUGUGUAUCUGUCCUAUACUGAACCCACAUUUUGCUCUUGCGUUUUUAUUUAUUUUUAACGCAUUUGGAUAAUGUGAUCACAGUCCUGGGUAACACGAGCAUGUCUUCUACAUGCCUCUUACAUAUUCACAUAUUCAAAAAAAAACACCCUUUGGGCAAAAUCACUUGAUUACUUAAUUCAGCAUAUUUCAUCAGGCUUCAUUUUGUUUGGUGGUAUCUUUUAAACUUACGUAAGAAAGUUCCUUCGUUAUACUUUCUUCAUUGUUGUCAUACAGAGAGCAUUGAGAUUUGAUUAUGUUUGUUUCUUCAUUAAUACCCCAUUUGUCAUAUUGAUGACCUUUGUCUUUAUAAUCGAAUUGCAGUCCGUUGUUGUUGUUGUUGUUGUUGUCCCUAUCCAUGGUGCUGGA